AUGGAGUCUUGUUUUGUAAGCAGAUGUUCAGAAAAUUCAUGGUUCAAUAAAGCAUUACUUUGGGAGACCCAAAACACGAAAUUUAAAUAUACUAGGACUGACUUUCCGAUAAUUACGUCUAUAUAUUUUGCUACGACUAUCCUACUCUCUGUAGGAUACGGAGACUUCACACCAGGAGAUUUCUUCGACAUGGGAAUUGUGGCCUUUCUCAGCCUGUAUGGAGUUUUACUCACCGGAUACUGCGUGUCUGAGUUCUCAGCUGUUGUCACUCACUGGUCAAGAACAAAAACAGCAUUUCUGGAAGUCAUAAUGACGAUAGACAAGUUUAUGAAAGAAAAUAAUAUGCAUCCAGCUAUCAAAUCUAGGAUUAUGGCGUUCUACGAACUGCAAUGGCAGUAUAAUUCGGGUGUAGAAUUGACUGAAGAUAACUGGUUAGAAAAAACAGUCGUUCCGUCAGAACUUCGCAAGAAAGUCUUACAUCAAGCUAGAUUCAAAGCUCUUACGUCUAUAAAAUUUUUCCAAGUUAAGAACAAGGCCUACAUACAAACACUAACUGAAAACGCUACAGACAUCAUCCUACCACCAGGCGAAAUAGUUUUCUAUGGGGGCACAGUGACUAGAGAGCUUUAUAUAAUAGAAAGUGGGUAUUGUUUGGUGACAUCUCAGGAGAUGAGAGAAGCGAAAAAAGAACGAGUUAUAGGACCUGGUAACCACUUGGGUUUACUAGUGCUUCUAUACGGAGUACCUUCUAUUAGCACUGUUAUUACAUUGACCCACUGUAAACUGAUAUGUGUUAGCCACAGCGCUUAUGUCUCGGCUUUAAGUCUGUUUCCCGAUAUGAAAGAACACGAAGGUCUCAUGACGGCUGAAGAACUUUUGUUUAUUGAAAAUAAAGCCAAAUCGCAAUGUCCCGACUCUUACUUGCAACAUUACAAUCGAAUCAACGAGAGCAAAGCCAAAACUAAGAUUACUAAUAUUUUACAAGAUUUCUUUAAUGGUUCCUGGUUAGAUGGAGCGGAAAUUUUAAAAACCCAAGCCUUAACGCCGAAUAAGGUAUAUUUACUAGCGUAUUACUGGGCAGCAUCUAGCUUUGGUGGAGCAGGAUUUGGAGACAUUGUACCUCAAAGCGUAGUCCAAAUGAUAUUAUUUAACUGUGUUAAUUUACACGGUGUCUUAUUUUUUGGUUACGUGUACGCAAGAAUAGCAUCCCUAAAAGCAAUGGCUGAUCAAGUGGUAACAAAAUUUCAAGAGAACAUGAAACAUUUAGAAAUGUUCCUAAAUAGAGAAAAGGUUCCGUUCUCACUGAAGAAAAAAAUCUUAGAGUACUGGAAAUAUCAGUGGAAAAGAACGGGGGGAUGGUCGCACCAAUCUAUUUUGGGUAAAUUACAUGCAAACUUAAAUGAAGACGCAGUUUUGCAUAUGUAUGAGAAGACGUUACGAGAAAUACCAUUAUUUGAGGAUGUCGAAUAUUCUUUCUUCAGAGCUUUUGCAAAAAAACUUCGAGAACGAUACUGCCAGAAAGGGUAUAUGGUUAUGAGAGCCAAUGAAGUCAUAAGCACCAUGUAUAUAAUUUAUCGCGGCAAAGUGGAUAUAAUGUCUGGUAUCGAUGAAGUAGAAGCGUGUAUGGGACCAGGCGGAAUCUUCGGAAAUAUAAAAGGUGCCACCAGAUAUCUAACAAUGUCAAAUGUAGUAGCUUCGAGGAAUAUUGAUGUGCUAUGUAUUGAAGGACGGGAUUUUUACGCACUAUUAAAGAGUUAUCCAACUGUUCUCAAAAAAGUGACGGAAUCAGUUAAAACAGCGCAUAAAGACUACGUCCUACCAACAAUUUGUACUGUCAAUAGGAUCAGCGUAGAGCCUAAUCAUUUAUUUCCAACAUCAUAUGAAACGGGAGAGGAAGAAGAAGAUGACAUUGAAGAAAACAAGUAUUUGGAAGUAAAUAUUACCAAAUGA